GCGCGUUCGAGCUGCAGGGGCCGCUCCCGCAGGGCGCCGCGGCACCAGGCGAGGAGCUGGAGGACCUCAGGAGGACCGUCGCCCAGCAGCAGCAGCAGAUCGGCUUCCUGACAGACCUGCACAAGCAGGCGCUGCAGCAGCUGAGGACCAUGCGCGAGGAGCAUGUCCGCGGUGCAGCACCAGAGGCUCAGAGAGGCCGACAAGGUCUCCGGGCUCGAGCAGAUCCUCGGGGAGAUACAGGGGGCGCAGGGGUCCCAGGCCGACCCGCAGGAGCUCAGCUGCGGUGGAGCCAGUGGCUGGACCGGUCGCGCCACAUCCUGGCGGCGGAGUAG